AAACAAUCCUAAUUUGUAUUUUUUUGGAGUCCGCUUGGGGUCCGAUUUCGUCGGGUAUUACCUUGUUUGUACUGGACCGGACGUAGAAAAGUGUGUGAGAACUGAGAAGUCUGGCUGCGAACUCCUGAGACAAUGGCCCAAGAAGAUCUUCGCCGAACUCUCCUUCUUUUGUGUGAUAAACUUGGAGAAUCAAUAUCGAAAACAAAGUAUAAACCACCAGAAGGUUCAAAUGUUUCAAUUAAAUCAGCUCUGGAGAUUCUUUUACCUCGAAACGACAACGUUUCGGACACCUCCAAAACCCUAAUCUGUGAAAUUAGGAAUUUUAGUUUAUUAUGUGCUGCAUUAGCUUCCUCACAAGUUUCAACGUCUGAACAUCUUUUGUGGAUCCCUAAUUCACUCGCAAUUGCUUCAAUUUCGGCGUUUCAAGAGCUUGCGAAAGGUUUUUGUAGCACUUGUAAUGCGGAAAGUUUGAGGAAUGUGAGUGGACUUGGUUUGGACUUGUCGUUGUUGUCCGAUGAGCAGAAAUUGGUUGUGGAGUUGAUGCCUCAAGUUAUGCCUUUGCUUAAAGAUAAGGUUAAUGAGAGCUCAGUUGAUAAGUCUGAUGACGCUGAUGAGAUAACUGCUGCUUCGGCUAGAGCACCGGUUGCUUAUGCUAUUGUAGCUUCUUAUCAGUUGAGAUGGUUUGUUACCCAGGUAGAAUACCCUAGUUUGGGAAAGUUGUGCGCUUUGGUGAUUCCGUGUUGUCUAACAGCUUUGGAUCACUGGUCGCCUGAAGUGAAGGGGCAAGGCAUGAUUAGCUUUAUCCAUCUUGCCAAAAAUGUGAAUGCUGCUGAGUUUGGUUUGUAUGAAGAUGUAAUCCUUGAUGCCUGUUGUCAAAAUGUUGCCUCAACUGAUGAGAUAUGGGACAAUGUUGUUGAGAUGUCGGUGCUUCUGGUGACAUGUUUACAGAGAAAUAAUCCCCGUAGCUCCUGGUAUGAAAAGCUUCUAAAUGAGAUGUUGAGUCAUCUAGAAAGACAACCAAGAAAUAGGGAGCGCCGUAUCUCGUGGCUUAAGCACAUUGACCCUCUUUUUAAUAGCGUGGGUCUUGUAUUGUUGGCUCAUUUUAGACGCAUAUUUCCUCUCUUUUUCAAGUGGAUGCAUGCAGAUGAUGAUGAAACUGUUCUCCUGGUUCUUGAUCGGAUCACAUUAGUGAUAAAGUUAACAUGGAUAAGGAAUUCGCCUCAUUUUGAAAGAUUAGUUGAUGAGUUGAUCAGUUUAUACAAGGAGGCAGCACUGAAAAUUGAACGUGAAGCAAUUAGGACACGAGUUCUGCAGAUACUGAUCUUGCUUCAUCAAUGCAAGGGCCCACAGUUUGAAGGAGUUUGGAACAAACACAAGGAUGAUCCAAACUUGACAGCACUCAGUUCAUCCUUUAAUGAAAAUUGCUCGACAUUGGUACAAGUCUGAAACAUAAUUCUAAUAAAAGAACCUGUAAAUUGUAUUCGAGAGCAACUACUAAUGUUUAGGCCCGUAAAGAUUAUAAUUUUAGGUAGAUUAGGAAAAACUGUGUAACGGUGAACAUAAUUUGUUUCAUCAUGUAUGGAAAUCUUCUUACCGAA